UCUAGUGUAAGAGAACCCCUACGAUAAUAAAGCGUAGAAAGCCAUACAACAUGUGUAAUUUUUCCUAUUGCCCCAUUGAAUAAACUGAGCGGCUGAUAAGCCACGCUACCUAUUUAACGCGGGAUGCGGGAUGUCACUUUCACUCGUUACCGCGGUGGUUUUAAAAGCUGGCGGUUCGAAUCGUCUCUCAAACAGUAUGUUUCCAGUGGUUUGCUGAAGAUGUUGUCUCGAGUAAAACCGGUAGCGAUUGUGAUUGUGUUGUUGGCUUUAACAAGUGACACCAAACAGGAAGAACCCCAACAGCAGCAACCCGGCACCGCGCGGAAGGGUCGAUUCCUUGGUUUACUAGGUCUACUCACCGGGCUUACUCUGGUUGAUUCCUUGGAUGAUAAUGAUGGACCAAUAAUCCGAGCGCCGCAGGGAAUAGUGAAAAUUAACAUCGGACGACCGCUGGCGGAGUCAUUUUAUAACUACAUGUACAAUCCUUAUUUUUACGGGAAUGUACCGACAGUUAACAUAAAAAUUCCUUUGGGAUUAGACGGCCAUGAUGGAGCGCAUUAUUUCGGAGGAGCUGCUGGUGGUGGUGUUGGCCCAAUCGUUGGUGGUGUUGGGCCAAUCGCACAACAUGACAUUCACGUGCCAAUCGUAUCGGAAGCAUCAGAAGCUACCUCAGAUACCGUCCAAGGUAUAAUAAACUCGAAAAAACCUAGGAGAGCAGAAAAAAUCAUACGUUCCAAAUUUCCCUACACUCGGAUAAUCCGCAGUACAGUAAGAAGUGAUGUUACUGACGACGACGAUGAGGAGCAAGCAGUUGUUGAAGCUGUGGAUCGCUUCGAAGACACCAUUGGUUCAACGCCAUCUGAAUCACGGGACCCCCUCGAAGAGCAAACAGUAACAACCGAACAGUCACUCAGUUUAGAUGGUACGGCGAUUCCUCUCAUCGAGGAUAACACUCUCGUCGGGCAGGCGUCCGAGAUUCCGUCAUUUCCGAUAGCGCAGUCUUACUAUACACACGCCGACAGUCUGCAGGAUCCGUCGCUCAUAAGUCUGACGACAUCAGAGCCAGAAGACAGAUUCAUUCCAAGCCGGCCAGACACUCUAAACGACAGCUGCAAUCAUGCGGGUUACUUCGCCGAUGAGUUUCGGCCUGUUGUGAAUGUUUAGCUCGUGUUGUUGAUAAGGUCUGCUCAUGAAUAAAUUAUUUUUUGUGAUGAAAUGCGGCUCUAUAAAUGAUGUUUUCGUAUUUGGUUAACCCAUAUAUAAGGAUGUCAAUAACUGAGUUGUCAUUUGGGCGAAGUUUGAGCUUAAAAUUAGACUUACACUGGAGUCGCUUUUUACGCGGUUGGUUGUACCGAAUUUAAAAUAUUAGAUUCGAUAUAUUUAUACUGCACUUAUUUGAUACCGUUUACAAAUAAUCUUCCGAAUCGAGUAAAACAAAUCGGCGUUAUUGUAAAAAUAUCCCGUUCAAAACAACGCAUAAAAACAACCCGCGUAAAAAGCGACCCCAGGGCAUUAAUUAAGAAAACUGUAAGUGCAUAAAAUAUAAAAUCAUUGUCCAAUUUCAUAACCCUCUAACUUUGCUAUAGAACAUUUCAAUCACUUCUUUCAGACAAACUUCAGUUAUAGAUAUUAGUUGACAUAGCGUGUACCGUAGUUUCUCUUACUUUGAACAUUCUGAAAAAUAGGUUUGAUAACAUAAGUUGUGGUAAUGUGAGGAGUAUUAUAAAAAAAAUCAAAACAAAAAAUAUUAUUGAAAAUGAUGAUGAAAUAAAAAGCUCGAAUUCAGUUAAAACCUAAAAAUGGUUGAUUUUAAGUUCACAUUAGUUACGUUCCUAAAUAAGGCUGCGAUGAGAAAUUUUUAGAAUGAUACAAUGAAAAUAAUUUCAAUAAUGAAGAAUAAGGCAUUUAUUAGAA